UCUCAAAUUAGUCGAAAUUUAGUAGACACCAAUUGAAAAUAUGCUGAAAUCAAUCAUAGUCCUUGCUGUGGUCCUGGCCGUGGCCAGCGCCGAGCUCCAUCGCGUGCCCAUUCUCAAGCACGAGAACUUCGUGAAGACCCGUGAGAAUGUCAAGGCCGAGAAGGCCUACCUGCGCGCCAAAUACAAUGUGCCCAAUGCUCGCCUGAACGAGGAGGAGCUCUCCAACUCGAUCAACAUGGCCUACUAUGGCGCCAUCAGCAUCGGUACGCCCCCACAGAGCUUCAAGGUUCUGUUCGAUUCGGGCUCCUCCAACCUGUGGGUGCCAUCGAGCACUUGCUGGUUCUUCGAUGUGGCCUGCAUGAAUCACAACCAGUACGAUCACGACAAGUCCUCCACCUACGAAGCGAACGGCGAGAGCUUCUCCAUCCAGUACGGCUCCGGCAGCCUCUCCGGCUUCCUGUCCACCGAUACUGUCGACGUCAAUGGCCUGGUGAUCAAGAAGCAGACCUUUGCCGAGGCCACCUCUGAGCCAGGCAACAGCUUCACCAACGCCAAAUUCGAUGGUAUUUUGGGCAUGGCCUACCAAUCCCUUGCCGUGGACAAUGUUGUGCCACCCUUCUACAACAUGGUCUCCCAGGGUCUGGUUGAUCAGUCUGUGUUCUCGUUCUAUCUGGCUCGCGAUGGCACCUCCAACGAGGGCGGUGAGCUGAUCUUUGGUGGCUCCGACUCCUCUCUGUACACCGGUGAACUGACCUACGUGCCCAUCUCCCAGCAGGGCUACUGGCAGUUCGCUGUGGACAGCGUUUCCAUUGAUGGCCAGACCUUGUGCGAAAACUGCCAGGCUAUUGCUGACACCGGCACCUCUCUCCUGGUUGUGUCUGGCGAUGCCUACGAUAUCCUGAACAAUCUGCUCAACGUUGAUGAGGAUGGUCUUGUCGAUUGCGCCGCUGUCGAUUCAAUGCCCGUGCUCAACCUCAACAUUGGUGGCACCAAGUUCACCCUGGAGCCAGCUCAAUAUAUCAUCCAGUCCGAUGGCGAGUGCCAGUCCGGCUUCGAGUACAUGGGCACCGACUUCUGGAUCUUGGGCGAUGUCUUCAUUGGCAAGUACUACACCGAGUUCGAUUUGGGCAACAACCGCAUUGGUUUCGCCCCAGUUGCCUAAGAAUUGAAAUAAACGAAUCCCGAAAUGCAAAAAAAAACAUUU